AUGGAGUUUCACUAUGUUCCGGAGGAAGGCGAGGAGAAGCCGAAGGCGGCGGAGAGCCAGGACGAUGGCUACGAAACGAGCAACAGCGGCGAGGCGCGGCGGAAGCCCUCCAGCACGGAGGGCUCGCCCGCACCCCCCGUGCCCCGCACUCCACCUCCCGAGCCGCCCUUCGAGCCCCUCCUUCAACGGCCCUUCCCGUCUCCCUAUCGACAUUUCGAACCCCCAGCGCCAGCGCCGCCACCGCAUCCCCACGACCCCGAACCGUACCAGCAUUUUCCCUUCCCCAAGUACAAUCACCCCCAGGACGCGUACGGUUUCAAACGGGAGCCGGACGCGCCGUACGACAUGAGCCAACACCAUCAGAUGCCACACCAGUUCGGUGCUAAACGUAGUGAGGACUUAUACAACGGAAUCAAACAAGAGUGUGAGGAUCCCUAUUCGUUCGUGGAGGACGACGCCAUGUGUGCUAUGCUUGGCCAGCAGCACCACAUACCGCCGCACAUGCAGCACCACGAACACCACCCCCAUCAGCAUCCGCAUAUGCAGAUGCACCCGCAACAGAUGAUGCUCAAUCAACCGAAGAAACGAGGCAGAAAGAAGAAGAUUAAAGAUGAAAAUGGUAUGGAAAUCAAAACGGAAGGCAUGGAAGGAGCACUGAUCCCCAGACCCGUGAAGGAGAGGAAAAAGCACGACAGAUUCAAUGGCAUGAGUGAAGAGGAGGUCUCAAGGCGAACCCUGCCCGACCACCUUGCUGAAAACCUCGACAUCAUCAUUAUCGGCAUAAACCCUGGACUGUUCGCAGCGUACAAGGGCCACCACUACGCGGGCCCCGGAAACCAUUUCUGGAAAUGUCUUUACCUUUCAGGGUUAACAAGGGAGCAGAUGAGCGCCGAUGAGGAUUACAAGCUAUUAAACUUUGGAAUCGGUUUCACGAACAUGGUGGCACGGCCCACGAAAGGCUCCGCGGACCUAACCAGGCGGGAAAUCAAGGAGGGCUCAGCGAUACUGCUGGAGAAACUGCAGACGUUUCGGCCGAAGGUCGCGGUCUUCAACGGAAAGCUCAUAUACGAGGUGUUCUCGGGGAAAAAGGACUUCUGCUUCGGAAAACAGCCGGACACCAUCGCUGGGACUAAUACAUACAUGUGGGUUAUGCCUUCGUCAUCCGCCCGUUGCGCUCAGCUGCCGCGGGCAGCAGACAAGGUUCCGUUCUACGCGGCGCUAAAGAAGUUCCGGGACUACUUGAACGGGCUGGUGGCCCACGUGGAUGAGGCUGAGCUGGUCUUCCCAGAUAACACGAGCCGUCGCCCGCAGGAAGAGAUGGAGAUACGCAGGCUGACGAUGGAGCCAGAACCAGGAGACACGAUCAUACUGGAGGACGGCACAGAAGUCCCUCUGAAGAAGAAGAGAGGGAGGCCGAAGAAGAUUAAGCUAGAGAACGGUGAAACCGCCCCGCCCACCCCCCGAGCGCCGAGGCAGCCGCGUCCGCCGCCCAGCUUAGACCCCAACGGGGAACAACCGCCUAAGAAGAAACGCGGCAGGCCAAAGAAGAUACGGCCGGAGGAGCAGCAGUUCUUGAUGCAGCAACAACAGCAGCAGCAGCAACAACAACAACAGACCAACUCAAUGCUCCAGCCGCAACUGACCUCAAUGUCAUCAUUACCACACGAACAGUCCUUCAUGAGCCACGGUGGAAGCGAGUUCCCCACUCAAAUGUCAUCGCCGCUGCAGCAGGGUAUGCUGUACCAUCAGCAUCAACAGCAGAUGCCGGAUGGGUCGCCAUAUUACCAGCCUAACAAUGGUGGUGGAAUGGACUCGCCAUUAGACGUGUCUGGAUCGCUAGGGCUGUCGCGCGCGGGAUACGCCUCGCCACGCGGUGUGUACGCCUCGCCCCGGUCGCAGCCCUAUUCACCCACGCCACAGCGUCUGUCCGCCACGCCCCAGCCUCAAGCACAGGGACAACAGUUCCCGUCAAGUCCAGCAGCGUUUUCGGCACCGUCUCCCCCACGUGGGUCUUUCGGUUCGCCCGGGGUCCGCGUGGGUGGGACUUUUGCGGCUCGCUCACCAUUAUACGCGAGCUCGCCUUCCUACCAGCAGCCAAGCCCGGCACCGCAAUCCCAGCCAAGGUUCGCCCACGAACAGAUGCCAUAUGGACGAGAUCCUAACGCACAGUCACAAGGAACGCCGUACUCCCAGUCGCCAGUACCGGCGGGUGUGGGCGUCAUGUCCGGGGGGAACAGCACGCCGUUCCCCGCAGCGUCGCCCGCGGGCGGUACCGGGCUGCACUCGUACACGCCGUCCCCCGCGCACACUCCGUACAGCCACCACUCGUCGCCCGCUGCGCCUGCGCCUCUUACGCCUGCCUAUACCGAGUCGCAUCAUUUUGCGCAGGGCGGCGGUUCAAACGGUGGAAACGCGUACGGCGGCGAACUGUCGCACGAUAUCGGCGCCGCGAUAUCAUCCCCCGGAGUGGUUUCCCCGGGGAUGGCGGCGCUCGAUUUCGAGCCGCCCCGGGACGACGCAAGCCCCAUGGGCAGCACGGACAUGCAUCCGGGCAGCAAUAGCAACUCUUCACUAUCUGACUAUAAUAAGCAACCGAGUGCAAGUGGCGCGGAAGUGUCUCCUGGAGGGGGAGUGGGUGUCGGCAGUGUUGGAGGGGGAUCGGUCGGUGGUUCCUUCAACAACAUGUACGAGCGGGACAUGCAAUAUGAAUCGGACAAACCGCACGACUACCACUAUGCGCAGGAGCAGGGUAAUGGAGUGUCCGAGAGUCCGCGGUUAGACCAGCUACAUCAGCAUCCCUCCAUGUUUCCUAGUAAUUUCAAUAGAUCUACGCCACCGGUCGGAGAGGAGACAGCGUUCUCCCCCAUGGCGUCUACCGCCUUCCGACCCGCUGAGCAUCACCAUCCACCAGGUUCGCCAAGCGAGUACGGCGGUGGCGAAAGCGGGCCAGGCACACCGAAGCCCAAGAAUCAAGACGUCUCCGCGAAGUCGCUCUCUGGACUCGAAUCGCUCGUGGACCAGAUCCCAUCCAUUGCGGAGGGUGGCGCGGGGGCGGGGGCCAACACUGCCGGAGGGGGAGGCACAGGGGAGCCACCUGCGCCGGCUGUGCCCGCUCUGCCCGAUUACACGCCUGCCUUGUACCCCCCUUAUCCGGCUUAUGGGACUCCGGCCUAUGGAAACAACGGUUAUGGCGGACCGUUCGUUGGUUACGGAGGCGGGUGGGGUACGCAGUUGAUGCGGCCUGCGCCUGGCUAUUUGCCGGACUGGCAGUACGGUUACGCGCCAGCUGGAUACGCGCCGUACAACACGCCCUACUACAAUGGUUACGCGGGACCGCCUCCCGCGCACCAUCAGCAGGCGCACUACCUAUCAGCGAGUCCCCUCCUAGACUUGCACAAGAAUGCGGAGUCGUCGGUACCCUCGGUGCCGUCGGUGCCAUCGGUUGGCUUCGGCGGUUUCUGGUGGGAUGUCGCGUGGACGGUUGCAAGCCGUCGGUUUGUGCUCAAUGACGUGCCGAGGGCCAGUGCGGUGGCUACUUAA